GCACCCUAGAAUACAUUUCCACACAGGCCUUGUGGAUGCCCAUCUCUACUGCUUGAAAAAAUACGUUGUGGAUUUCCUAAUGGAAAAUAGAUCAAUCACUUCUAUCCGGAGUGAACUGAUUCCGUACCUAGUGAGAAAACAGUUUUCCUCAGCUUCCUCACAACAGGGGCAAGAAGAAAAAGAGGAAGAUCUAAAGAAAAAGGAGCCGAAGUCUUUAGAUAUUUACAGUUUUAUAAAAGAAGCCAAUACACUGACCUUGGCUCCCUAUGAUGCCUGCUGGAAUGCCUGUCGAGGAGACAGGUGGGAAGACUUUUCCAAAUCACAGGUGCGCUGCUAUGUCUACAUCAUGAAAGAGGGACUCUGCUCUCGAGUGAACACACUGGGACUGUACAUGGAAGCAAACAGACAGGUGCCCAAAUUGCUGCCUAUUCUCUGUCCAGAAGAAUUACUGGUCCAUUCAUCAGCCCAGAUUGUCAGCAAACAUCUGGUUGGAGUUGACAGCCUCGUUGGGCCAGAUACACAGGUUGGAGAGAAGUCAUCCAUUAAGCAAUCAGUCAUUGGUUCAUCCUGUGUCAUAAGAGAUAGAGUGACUAUUACGAAUUGCCUUCUCAUGAACUCAGUCACCGUGGAGGAAGGAAGCAACAUCCAGGGCAGCGUCAUCUGCAACAAUGCUGUGAUCGAGAAGGGAGCAGACAUCAAGGACUGCUUGAUUGGAAGUGGCCAGAAGAUUGAAGCCAAAGCUAAACGAGUGAACGAGGUGAUCGUGGGGAAUGACCAGCUCAUGGAGAUCUGAGUUCUGAGCAAGUCAGACUCCUUUCUUUUGGCCCCCAAAACUACAGAUGUUGGCUGGCCCACCUGUUUGACUCUGUAUUUAUUUCCCAAUAAAGAAGGGCUUCCAAAGGCA